AUGGCGGGUGUGGUUGUUUGGGCGUACAAAAAUAACAGAAAUCUAUGGACGGUUUACGAACCUCUUGUUUCUUGUGAGCUAGAGAGGCAGUAUUUGCUAAAUACUCAACAAAAUGUCAAUCUUGGAACUGUAUCUUCUAGUCUGUCAUGCUAUGAAGUCAGUUUUCUACAUAUGACGCAAACUAAUAUACCGUCAGGGUCAGUUAGAGAGGUGAAGAGGAUCAUGUGCAGCCACACAUCAGCUCUGGGACAAGGGGUGGUGUGGGAGUAUGAGGGGGACAAGCCCAACCAGUGGACGGUGUAUGACGUGGACACUCUGAACGUCAUUGAAGAUGGUUUUGUGAGGCAUAACCAGAUGAACAUGUCAGUUCUGGACUUGCAGCAGUCUCAUGUUCGUCUUCCUUACCUCAUCGACUUUGGUAGAAUGACACAGAUGAGAGUGGAAACAGGCAGGAUCCGACGUAUACAGCGGCGGCAGUUAGGUCAGACCUUCUCACCUUUAGCAACAUUCACAGCCGGCUUCUCUACACAACCAGCAUUACUUUCCUCAGCCCCAUCCUUGUCGUCAGCAUCAUUUGUUAAUUCCUAUGGGCAGUCAAACUGGCAACCCUCUCCAGCAGCCAUGAAAUCUCAGACAACAAAAAGUAAAAGCAGACACCACCCAUAUGCCCACACACCGGCCAGUGCGCCCGUGGUGAAUGGAGCUUUGAAUGGAUCAGGGGCCGCAGCAGGUCUGUCAUCACAGGUCCCACUACAGACACUUCAGCAACAGCUACAACAGCAGCAGCUGCAGUUACAACAGCCAGCGCAGAAUCCACCAGGUCCGGUGACUCGCAGGAGGCAUCACCAGACAUCCAGCACUCCUGUUUCUGCAACACUGCAGGCUCACUCUCACCUGCAACACCCUCAGAUGCAAGCGCACCCCUCCUUGCCACAGAUGUAUCCCGGUUCACAUCAGUCCUUCUAUCACCAGCCGCUUCAUCAACUUCACAUCCAAGGCUCGUACCAGCAUCUGUUCGGGAAUCUCCCAGUGUCUGGCUAUCAGUUCCCGACAUCCUCAGCACCGUUGUCUGUGACAUCAAUGGGCUUUAUGCCUCCCUUGGCACACCAGCAGAUACCCCGGCCGGCCUCCAACUCCUCGCUGUCUUCAUCGUCCUCGACGUCAUCAUCCAUGUCUGUGUCGGGCUCACAGGGAGCAGAGACGCUGCCAACGGUCUUCAAAGUGACAAUCUCCAAGAGCAAGAAAACCAAAGGCAAGACCCGCGGUGUGGAAUCCCUGGAGAAGUACAUGCACGGCGUGGACACGGACUUAGACAAGAAUGACUGCUCCAUCUGCUGUGAGAAGCUGAGUGAGGCAUCCAGCUACGGAGAGGGCAAGGCCGAGGCUCACGCUGUAGUGGAGCUGAACCGAUGUGGCCACCAGUUCCAUAAGUUGUGUCUGCUGGAGAUGUACCAUAGUAUACAUAAGGGUGGCGGGCUGCAGUGCCCAAGCUGUAAGACCAUCUAUGGGGAGAAGACCGGCAACUGUCCACCUGGUUACAUGCAGUGGAGACUUGUCCAGGACCUGACCCUGCCCGGUUAUGAAGGCUGUGGGGCCAUCUUGGUCUCCUAUCACAUCUCGCCUGGCAUCCAGGGUCCAGAUCACCCAAGUCCAGGACACAGUUUUACUGCCCGAGGAUUUCCUCGGCAAGGAUAUCUGCCCGACUGUGACAAGGGCAGAAAGGUCCUGAAACUGCUAAUGGAGGCUUUCCAGCGGCGUCUGAUGUUUACCAUAGCAACAUCCCACACGACAGGGGAGGCCAACACCGUCACCUGGAAUGAGAUCCACCACAAGACUGAACCUUACGGCAACCAUUCAGGUCACGGUUACCCGGAUCCGCAGUACCUGGACAACGUGCUGAUGGAACUGGCAGCCCACGGGGUCACAGAAGAUUGUCUCAGGUAG